AUGAGUACUGAAGAGAGCAUUACCAGCACACCCCUCCCCUCCACUGGCUUCAAAGGCAGCGACUUGCCCCCUCUAGUGACAGACGCACCCCCUCAUGUCCUUAUUGCUGGCGCCGGUUUAGCUGGACUCUUCCUUGGCAAUUUAUUGGAAAAGGCUGGGAUUCCUUACGAGAUCUUUGAGCGCACAGCUGAGAUCAAGCCCCUAGUCGGAUAUGAUAGGAUCCUGUUUGCGCGCCCAGAGUUGUACGACAUGCUCUUCAAGAAGAUUCCCUCCGAAAAGAUCCACAUGUCCAAGAAAAUCCACUCCUUCCAGCAAAAUCACGAAGGCGUCAUGCUGCGGUUCAGCGAUAACACCACCACUCACGGUGACAUCCUUGUUGGAGCUGAUGGAGCUCAUAGUGCAGUUCGCCAGCACUUGUACAAGACUCUGGACAAGCAGGGACUGUUGCCCAAGGCUGACACCAAGGAUAUGAGCAGAGGGUACAUCUCGCUGGUUGGCACCACGAACGAACUGGAUCCUGCCAAGUAUGCCGAUCUGGAUCUUGAGGAGUGCAUGAAUAUGUUUGUUAUUGGCGACAAGAGUACUCCUUACACGUGGGCGACAUUCACCGUUCCAGGAAACAGGAUCUGUUGGAACGUUAUUAUUCAGCUCGGGAUUGAAGAGAUUGCAGACGACCAAUUCAAAUCCUCGGACUGGGUCCCUCAGCAGAACCAAGAAAUGAUGGAUUCGAUCCGACACUUCAAGACAACCUACGGAACUUUGGGGGAUCUCUUUGAUGCUACCGACAUUGAACGUGUUUCGAAGGUCUACUUCGAGGACAUGCUAUUCGAGACAUGGAACCAUGGACGAACAGUCUUGAUUGGCGAUGCUGCACACAAGCUCCUUCCCAGCACCGGAGCUGGAGCAGUAAACGCAAUGCAGGAUGCGGUUCUCCUCGCCAACCACCUUUACGACAUCAAGCCCACCAGUUUCGAGAACAUCAAUACCGCACUGAGCGACUACAAGGAGGAGCGGUUCGAUACUAUCAAGGAACAAUACCCUCAGUCUUACAUCAGUGCCAAACUCUUGUAUGGCCAUAACUUUUCGGAGCGCGUCCUAAGAGAAGUCGUCUUCAAUUGGCUGCCCAAGUCGAUUCAGAAGAAGCAGUUGCUUAAGGAUACCGCCUACCGUCCCCAAGCAAACUUCUUGCCUCAAGCACCCAAGCGUGGAACCAUGGAAACAGUCCCGCAGCAGCCCUCAAAGCGUAUCCAGAAGGAGAAGGAAGAAGAAGAGGCCAAGAAGCAGGCCACUGUCGAUUCCCCCGCUGCUUCUGCCGCCUCUGUGUGA